AUGUCUGUCCAAGACGGUGCUAGAUAUGACUUUAUUGUUGUCGGCGGUGGUACCGCCGGCAAUAUCGUUGCCGCCCGACUGGCAGACAGUCCCAAUACCCACAUUCUGGUCGUCGAAGCCGGUAUUGGCGACUCGAUUGACAACGAGGACAUCCGCACCCCCGCGCUCGCCAUGGAUCUCCGUGGUAGCAAGUACGAUUGGGCGUACAAGACGACCAUGGUUAAGCGUGAUGACUAUGAGCGAAUCGAGAAGCCCAACACCCGUGGAAAGGCCCUCGGCGGCAGUUCUUCUUUGAACUAUUUCUCCUGGGUACCCGGCUCCAAGGGCACCUUUGAUAUGUGGGAAGAAUACGGCGGCAAGGAGUGGACCUGGGAUCCUCUCGUCCCCUACCUUCGGAAGAGCGUCACCUACCACGACGAUGCCGGAUUGUUCCCCCCCGAGCUCAAGAGCAUUGGCGCGGGUGGCCCGAUCCCCAUCGCCCAUGCCGACCUGAUCCCGGAAAUGAAGCCAUUCCGCGACCUCCUUGUUCAGGGCUGGAAGUCCACCGGCGAGCCUGUCACUGAGAACAUCUUUGAUGGCAAAAUGCACGGCCUCACCCAUAGUGUCAACACUAUCUACAAGGGUAGGCGUUCCGGGAGCUUCCUCGCUGUUGCCGGCAAGCCCAACAUUACUAUUCUCCCUGGCGUUUUCUCGAAGUGUCUUAUCAUCGACGCUGCCGAUCGUUCUGCUAAGGGUGUGACCGUGAUCACCGGUUCCGGCCAAGAGCUGAGCUUCUACGCCACCCGCGAAGUCAUUGUCUCUCAGGGUGUCUUCGAAACUCCCAAGCUUCUGAUGCUCAGCGGUAUCGGCCCAGCUGCCGAGCUGGCUCGACACAACAUCCCGCUCAUUGUUGAUUCCCGCCAUGUCGGCCAGCACCUUCUGGACCACCCCGGUGUUCCGUUUGCCCUUCGUCUUAAGGACAGUUUCUCACUAGAUAACCACAUCUUGCGCAAAGGCCCUCUCCAGACUCAAGUUUUGGACGCUUACUCCAAGGGCCACGCUGGCCCCAUGGGUUCGCCCUUCCUCGAGAUGAUUGGUUUCCCUCGCAUCGACAAGUAUUUGGAGAAGUCUCCCGAGUACCGCGCGGCAAAGGCUGCUAACGGCGGCCUUGAUCCAUUCUGCCCGUAUGGCCAGCCUCAUUUCGAACUUGACUUUAUCCCAUUGUUUGGCAGUGCUUUCCAGUGGCACUUCCCACACCCCAACAGAGGAAGCUACAUGACGGUUAUGGUUGAUCUCGUUCGCCCCGCCUCGGAAGGCGGAGAGGUUACACUCAACAGUGCCGACCCCUUGGAGCAGGCCAACAUCAACUUGAACUACUUCAACAACGACCUGGACAUCAUUGCUAUUCGCGAAGGUAUCAGAUUCGCCUAUGAUGUUCUCAAGAAUGGCGAAGGCUUCAAGGAUGUCGUGGAGGAUGAAUAUCCUUGGGAUAUGCCGUUGGAUGAUGACGAGGCGAUGAAGAGAACUGUGCUGGAUCGAUCUCAGACUUCCUUCCACCCUUGCGGUACGGCCCGCCUGUCAAAGGACAUCCAACAGGGUGUGGUAGAUCCCAACCUCAAGGUCCAUGGAAUCAAGAAUCUCCGUGUCAUCGAUGCCUCCGUCAUCCCCGUCAUUCCAGAUUGCCGAAUUCAGAACUCGGUCUACAUGAUUGCUGAAAAGGGUGCCGAUGCCAUCAAGCGUGACCACGCAGACUUCUACCACUGA